UCGCUCUCCUUAAUUGCAUUGGCGAUUCUAUGAUCACCUUUCUUUUUUUGAAAGCACGAAAAAGUAUGUGAGUGUGUGCCAAAGAGUGAGCUGGUGAGGAGUGAGUGAGAGCCACCUGCUCUCUUUCCCUUACUCUCAUCAACUUGUGAGCUUCCCGUGUGCGACUCUCCUCUCGGACGACCCUCCUCACUUGCCACGGUCCCGGUUCAGAGAAGAAAGGACAAAGGCGGCGAUCACUCUCACGGUCACGGUAGCAGAUAGGGGAAAGGGACAGGGAGGUCGAACACCAAAGAACAAACGUGAAGAGAGAAGAGAGAUGGGACCGUCCUACCGUGACAUGCUCCGGGCCACCGCCCCGCGAAGGGGCGCGGAAGCGAGGGCUGCCGCUUCCAUGGCCCUCGCCUGGGCCCUGCAGCGUUUUCCCUUCCUCUCUCAUGUCGCUCUUCUCACCCUGUGUGCGAUCGGCCCCAUCUUUGCACCUCAGCUACUCGCCUUUUGUCUCGUCGCUGUUCACAUCGUCUUUGUCGUGUGCCAGUCACGAACCGCAUAUGGUAUCUUUGCGUGCUGGCGAGGUACCUUGGCCCACUCGAAGCGCGACUGGGCUCAAUGGUGGGCCGAGCAGAAGCGAGACCUCGAGCGGAUGGGCAAGGGCGAUCACGUCCUUGCCUUGGCCGGCGUACAGCACGUCAUCAUUCUGCCUGCUUACAAGGAAGACAUGGCCACCCUGAGGGAGAGCCUCAAUGUCCUGGCCUCGCACCCCAUGGCCUCGCAUAGCUACUAUGUGUGCCUUGGGAUGGAAGAGCGCGAGGCUGGCGCGCCUUCCAAGGCGCAGUCGCUCGUCGACGAUUACUGCAAGCGUGGCUGCUUUGCCGACUUUUCCUACUCCUUGCAUCCCGGCAACAUCAUCGGCGAGAGUGCUGGCAAGAGCUCUAAUGUCAACUGGGCCGCACGUCACAUGGCCAGGCGCCGCGACGUGGCUUCGCAGCGUCGAACAAUUGUGACGGUCAUGGAUGCCGACACCGCUUUCGCCUCUGAUUUUUUCCUCGCGUCAGCCGCCCACUUUUCUCUCGCUCGCCCCGAAGUUCGACGCAGAAUGAUGUUUGUCCCACCUACACUCUUUGACCGUAACUCGGCCGAUGUUCCCAUCUUUACGAGGGCGACCGAUAUCUUUUGGAGCUGUGCGGGCAUCGGUGGAAUUUAUCCCUCGAGCUGGUGCAAGAUUCCGACAAGCGCGUACGCCGUCAGCCUCGAUCUGGCUCGAUUCUGCGACUUUUGGGACGCAGGACCAGAGGCAAUCGGAGAAGAUCUCCACUUCUACUGCAAGGCUAUGUUCGAAACCAAGGGAAAUGUCAAGGCAAUCACCAUCUACUCUCCCGCUUCGCAGUGCAACGUUGUCGGCAACCCUGGAACGGGCCCCGUCUCCAGCUAUAUCCAAGACAUGUUGGCCCGAUGGACGCAGGCCACCCGCCACCUUUGGGGAAGCCUCGACUUUGGCUAUUGCUGGCACCGUAUCCUUACCGGUCAGAUCGGACGGUCUAGGCCGAAACAGGGCUACAUGGCCCUGGAGACGUCUGCCCACGCCGCUGAUGAAAGAUUACGACAGCAAAACCAGCAGCUGCAACAAAACGUCGUCGACCUGCCGGGCAAUAGUCGCACGCCAUCGCCCAGCGUCACGGCGACAACGGACAGCAGCGACGAUACCCUGACCGAGUUCACCCUUACUCGUGUUCGUAAAACAACACAGUUUGACGGUUCAGUCUUGCCUAGCGUGGCAAUUCCCAUCGACGUCAACGUCAACGACAAAGACGGCAAUCAUGACGACUAUCUUAAAGAUGUUCACGAUGAGGACGACGACGAGGAUGACGACGAAGCCCUCCUGCUCCUUGAUGUCGACGACGCGGCAGGCGAAGACGACAAGCUGCGCAUUUUGCCUAUCAUUGUCCUCAUGACGCGGCUAUACGAGGCACACCUCAUGAUUGCUCAGGUUUUCCUCAUAGGUUUCCUCAUCACCAUCUAUCCUUCCGCCAUUCUUCGAAAUGGCCACAUCGUCUUCACCGACGUUUACGCGAGGGCGUGCACAGUAUCAGACUGUGUCCAAUCGAUCUUCGAAUCGCCGUUUGCCGCCGGUGCCGAACUUCCCGUCGGUACGCCACCGGGACUUCACCCUACAUGGAUGAUGCCCACGAUUGUCUUUUGCGCUCUCCGUGCAGCCAGAUUCCUGGGCGGCUUGGGCAUUCUGGCAACCGUGUCCAUGUGCGCAAUUCACGACUGCUACCAUCAUGUGGCUGCGACUGUACGGUGGCAGGCCUCGGACAACAUUUUGAAGGAGUUCCGCCGCCAGGCCCCGUCAAUGACGCGCGACUCGCCAUUGGCAGCGAUUACACAGACGCCCCCGCGCUACCUGGGUCAGCGGCCUCACCAGAACUGCAAAAGACGAUGGCCCGCGGCCUUGCUCGAUUUUGCAGCCAUCCCAGCCGGUCUUCUCUACGGUAUCGCGCCGUUGCUUUGGGCCCAGCUCAACCACGUUGUCACCAACAAACUCACCUACACCGUCUCCGCCAAGUCAAAGACGGUCGUCGUUGUCCCCGGUGCACGAGGACUUCAAGCGGUCGCAAGUGCUACGCCUAGACGUUCCUUUGAGCGCGUGAGAGCAUCGAUGGAGAUGACCAGAAUGUCAUCUACGGUGAAUCUGCCAGCGACCUUGGCUGCAAAUGCAGCCACUUUGGCCGUCGUGGAGGAAAAGCGCGAGUCAUCAAGACGUCUCCACCCUUAAACUUCUCUAAACCACUCUUACGCCGACAGACGGCUGCCCUUUAUCUCUUCUUCUCCCGCCUCUUUCUUCUCGCCAUUUCUAAAACCAUGCUCAAACAACCCUUGUUUCUUCCGCCUAUUUGCCUUCUUCUUCCCUCCUCU